AUGACAGGAGGAAAAAUCUAUGAGGGUAUUCUCCCUGUCCACAAACCCGAAGGCGUAACAUCAGCCGAUGUUCUCCGCAAACUCCAAAAACACUUCAACCCCUCCACCAUAUUCCGACCAUGGAUCGAAAACGAAAUCUCCCGGCGCAAAAACGACGCCAACUUCCGCAACCGACGCAAAAAGAGGCCCGAAGUGAAGAUCGGCCACGGCGGCACCCUCGACCCUAUGGCAACUGGGGUCUUGAUUACGGGUAUCGGCCGCGGCACGAAAAAUCUCAUAAAAUUCUUGGAAUGUCGCAAGACGUACGAAACGGUUGUCCUAUUUGGUGCGGAGACGGAUACAUAUGAUCGAACGGGUAAACUUGUACGGAAAGCGCCCUAUGAACAUAUCACGCGUGAGGUUGUGGAGGAAGCUCUGAAGAAGUUCCGGGGUAAAAUUAUGCAGCGUCCACCUAUCUUUUCGGCGAAGAGUAUACAGGGUGUGAGGUUAUACGAGUAUGCGAGAGCGGGGAAAGAGCCUCCCGUUGAAAUCAAAUCUCGAGAAGUUGAGGUCUAUGAUCUUCAGAUUCUGGAAUGGUAUGAGCCCGGAACGCAUGAUUAUAAGUGGCCGGAAGAGGAAAUGACUGGUGAAGAGAAGGAGGUUGCGCAAAAGAUGCUUGACAAGGAGGCUGCAAUACCACUUGCAUCGGAGGCAGAGGAAGCCGAGCAAGCAGCGGCAAACUCUCUAUUGGAGGAUAAGAAAAAUAAGAGAAAGGCAUCUCCGGGACUCGAUAAGAAUAGUGCAACCAAGACUUCGGAAACAGAGGCGGAGACGAAACGUCUGAAAUCUGAUCCAGAGCAGCCUUCCACAGAAGACAAAACCACAAAAGAGGAAGAUACCAAUAAUACGAAACAAGAAGAAGCAAAAGAAGCAAAAUGGGAGAAACCACCAGCCGCCAAAAUCACCAUGACAGUCUCCUCCGGCUUCUACGUCCGCUCCCUCGCACAUGAUCUGGGCAAAGCAGUAGGAAGCUGUGGACUAAUGAGUUCACUAGUCCGCUCCAAACAAGCCGAUUAUACGCUCGAUUCAGACAAGAUUUUGGAAUACGCCGACCUAGAGGCUGGGGAAGAGCUUUGGGGUCCUAAAGUUAUUCGGUUUUUGGAGGAGUGGCAGGAGAAGAAUCCGCCUGCUGAAAGUACAUAG